GGUGCCCACCAGCAACCCGGACGUGACCAGCAUAUCUGCCGUGGGAUAGGUAAGGUAUUUAAGAGAUGAAUGCCCGGUGUUUUGGCCUGCGGUAAAAAUGGAAAUCAAGAGUCAUGGCACUUCAAGUCUUGCCUCACCGGGGCAUGGUGGCUCCUUCCGUCUCUGCUCGUUCGACAUUUCAAGUCGGCGGAGAAACCACCCAGUCUUAAAUUUCGAUUCUACUACCUUCCCCCAUCCCGUCUCUCCCAAAACGUUCCUCAUACUUUCAUACCAAAAGUCUCCCUCGCAAUUUCACGCCAGAACCUUGGGAGAAGGCCGAUUGUUUCGAUCGGUAAUCACGCAAUUGUCGGUACCUCUCAGCCAUAUUCCAAUCUCUCCUCACCCAAUCGCAGAAUACAAACAAUAUGAGCGUCAGCUGUGAGGAGUGCAAAGUCGAGAUGGGCAGUCGGUCUGCCCUCCUCGCCCAUUGGCAAGAGCGACGAAACCAAGGCAAGGGGCAUUACCACUGCUCGAAGUGCAUGAUCCUUUUUCAUACUUCUCAAGCCGAGGGCCGCCACCAGAAACAGCUCCACCCGGCCAAGCAGGAGCUUGCCUGCCCUGGCUGUGAUGCGCAGUUCGUCAAGGCAGGGGGGCUGAUUGAUCAUAUCGAGCAGAACCGAUGCCCUAGGAUCAAAAACAGUGACUUCGCCGCCCGCCGAGAACAGAAGCUCGCAUUUGCAAGAGAGCUACAGCGCCGCCAUUUCGGCGAAGAUCCCAGACUACCCGACAACAAUUUGUCGGUUGCUAGUUUGAACUUGACCGAGACUACUACAGUUAGCCGGCAAGGCCCUUACAACUUCACCGAUUACCUCUCAAGAGCAGAGUAUGUCCCGGAGGGAACUGGCAGUCUCUCGGCACUUCGACCGAAGGCGGAAAACACAGUGCGACCGAAUCCCGUCACGUUUGCAAUGAGAAACGAGGCAGACUUCCCGCCUCUCUCGUGCAAGCAACCGGAGAACCUCGCCCCUGGCUCCCCGGCCGCGAUGCGUCGAACUGCCAACCAGCCCCAGCCCCUUGAGAAGCCCGGCCAAAACUACCAAACGGAAUGGGCGUCGUAUGACCCUCGAAAACCGGGUUGGAAUGCCAAGGACUACUAUGUGACGUACUCCGGCAAAUAUAGAUGUCCACAUGAUGGCUGCACAAAGUCGUUCAAGAGUGGUGAGGGUCUCCGCGGUCACCUCCUGUCGCCGGCGCACAAGAUCCCGAUUAGAGUGCAGUGUCCCCGCUGCUGCCGGUGGUUUGACAGCAUGGCUGCCAUCACGCAGCACGCCGAGUCUCAAAGUGUGCGGUGCACCAUCCGCGAGACAGACGGCUUCCGGCAAUUCCUCGAUCAGCUGACAGCAGGCAUUGUGGAUACGACGGAGAAGAAUGCAGAUGGCACGGAGAGGUACACGGUACCUAAAGAGGCCCGCGAGGUAUUCGGAAACCCGGAGAGCAAGCAGUCCGCGCAGACCAAGAAGCAAGAUCAGACCUGGGAUGACGGGGAUAGCUGGUGGUGAAACGAGUCGACUGCUCCGCCAAAGGUAUGGGUUACAACAGGACUGCGUUGAAAGAGAGAGUUGCUUCUCGGCAACACAGAGAAUGUGAGGAUGGCUCUAUGGCAAGUUUGUUCUGAAUGUUGUAUGUACGCGUAUGGGAUAUGUGAGGUUGCAGUGCUGGCGUUUGUCAAUUAGAGGUAUGAUGGCUGCUUUGAGCAUGGAUUUUCGCUCUGAAUGUAUUGUAACUCUUGGAUUUUACGGAGUACAGAUCCGUAGAUUCAGUGUCCUCCAUUUUCGGCUUCAGGCUCAAGGACUAUGUAAGUGGAAGUUACCAGGGAUGAGGUCGGGUCGAG